AUGUUGCUGUCGCUCCCCAGGGAGCGCCUGCACUCUUCGUCCUCGACGUCGUCGUCCUCGUCUUCGACGUCGUCCGAAGCCUGUCAGGACUCGGAGGACGAGGGCGCCGUCACCGCGCAAGUGGCCGCCGGGUGCUACACGGUCACUGCGGGUGGAGACAGCGACGAAAGCGGCGCCGACAGCGACGCGUCCGAAACGACCUCCACGUCUUCCGGCGGCGAGUUUUCUAAAGUGUUCGUCGUCAACAGCGGCGGCGACGACGACGACAGUGACAGCAGUGAUGCGGGCCUUCCCGAAGCGCCGGCGCAGCCGUCUUCCGGAGGAUCCGACGCGGAAGGCGACGAGAGCGGCGCCGUCGUGCUUUUGAGGCACGCUUCGUUCGGCAGUGACGAGAAGGCUGCGGAAAGAGGAAGAGACUCGUCUCUUCGGCAAAACAAGGAAGAGACAGUUGUGUGUGGUGGGAAGAAAACGAACAGGCCGACGGCGUUGUCAGAGCUAGCGAGUCCUGCAGGCACCGAAGGCUGUGACGACGGAAUUGUACUACUGAAGCACAUCAAGAAGUCGGAGUUGGAGACCGCAACAGGCGAUGCUUCUCGCCAUAGCGAUAGCAAAGGGAAGGAAAGCGAGGGAGACGGAAUUGUGCUCGUGAAACACGUCAAGAAUUUGGAGGGAGAAUGUGCUGACGUUUCGGCGCGAGCGAGUGAUUUUAACUCUGUCCCGGGUGGAGUGGUUAGUGAUGGAGACAAAGACGUCGGGGAAGAGGAGAGUGGGGGUGAAAGUGAAGGCAGUGUGAGUGAGGAAAUGCAGAUGCAUCACGAUACAGGCGACAGCAGUGAUAGCGACUCUGACAGUUCCACCUUCAGCACCAGUGGCUGCGACAGUGACCUUGACUCCGGAGACGGCGGCGUUGUCCUCUUGAGGCACAUCGAAGUUGUUCCAGAGGAAGACCGCCGGGUACGUGCUUCGCGGGGUGACGUUAAUGAGUGUGGUACUAUUACUGCCGGAAGUGUCGUUAGUGAAGGUGAGAGCAACCCCGUCGGUGAACGGAAGGAUGGCGUUGAAACAGAGGAUAGAGUAGAGGAAGCUACUACAGUGGAAAAGGCAACAGAGUUUCAUGAAGGUGAGUGCAAAGUUCCAGCAGUUGAAGAUGAAACAGGUGGUGAAAAUAAUGACGCAGUGUUAGCUGAGGAAUUAAGUGGAUCCAUAGAUGAUUUAGCUGUGAAUGAUGACGAGGGAAAUGGUUCGGUUAUGACGCAAGAAGCCACUGCUGGCAUGCAAGAGGACGAGCAGGGUGCAGAGGUAGUGACACUGGGAAAGGAGGAUGAGGGUUCGGUGGUUGCUGAGGUUUCCAGCGGCUCCGGUGAAGGUCCGCAGGAGCCGGAAGUCACGACCGAGCGCCCCCUGCAGACACAGGACGAACAAAAGCCCCCAGGACACGCAGAGGAUGGCGGUGACUCAGCCGCGACGCAGGACACCGGAAUACCGACGCUGGAGGAAGAGGGAGCCGCAAAGGAAAGUGAUUUACAGCAAUGUUGCCCUCAGAUUACUGUCGAGGUCGUGGAGUGCAUCGAAGAUAUGACGGAGAGCAUUGUCACGCGGAUUGGCGAAGACUCCGAGAGUGUGACAGUGACCGGAGAUGAACGUCUCGCUGGUGCAGAUAUCGAGUCUGCGGUAGCGGAGACGGGGCAGUUGGAAGACGCAAGCGGCAGCGUGACGGAGGACUCGGACGCCUUAGAGUCGGCGGUACGUGAAGGAAUUCGCGAGGGAGACGAAGAUAAGGCGGCGGCGGCGGCGGGCAGCGACCCGGCGCUGACCAGCGGCCGCGCCGACAACUACGACGGACGAGCCGCUGCACGAAGUUCGCCGGAGCGCUCAGAGAUGGCGCCGGCGGCCGCUGCCGCUGCAAGCGCGCCUCGCGCCGCUGCCACCCACGACACGGAGGAAGGCGUGCGGAACACCUGCAUUUCACUCGCCGCUCUCUUCGGAGAGUACGACAGUGCGAGCCUGGCAGUCUGCGAGGAUGAGGUGUCGGCCGUCCCGUGCAGGGCGGACAGCGCUGACAGUACCCGGAAGGAGGUAGCGGUGGCGCACGCCGAAGUGGACACGAUCGGCGCCGAGAAGUCUGGGGCUUCUGCAGCGGCAGAAGUACCCGUUGACAGUGCGACGCGCGUCGGAGAAAGUGCCGCGGAGAUGACGUGGAGAGAAGGUGGAGGAGCCGAGUUCCACUGUGGCAGUGGAAAACCCGUCGUCGGUGGAAGCGCCCGCGAAUUUUGA